AGCCCAUAGGAUGGGAUCUUUGGAUAAUUUGGGAUAUAUGAUGGGGGCACUGCUGUUGGCGUCGCUAAUAAGCGAGCAUUUGGUCAGUGCCUGGAAACCCAUCGAUCCACCUCUGGGCAGCACUUCGUUCAGCCUAAAACAAUCGCAUCCGGGCGCCGAACUUGGCUCCGAGCUGGGCGCUCUGGGACCGGCCACCAGCUACUCCCAGUUCGAUGCCCACAAGCAGGACGACGAUGAGUUGUUGUUGCCCCGUUCGGCUGUUGUCAAUGGGGUUGAGGGAGCGGCUGUUUCCUCGCUAACAGCACAACAUCCCAUUUCGUUCAACGACCAUCUCGACGAUCAUUAUGACUCGUAUGCCAGCUUGGAGGAUACCAUUGGCAAGGACUCACCGUUGGGAUUCACUCGCACGCCACUCUACGGCUCAGAUCGGUGCAGCGUUAAGAAGUUCGCCUUCAAUCACGAUGGCGAGGUGGAAUAUGGAAAUAAGUUGCCUGAACUGGAUCAGUUCACGAUGUGCUUCUGGAUGCGCUUCACCAACCACAGUGGCGAUCACGUAUUGCUGACCUACGAGAUACCAAAGGAACCGCGCGAGGUGCAAAUCUGGGUCGCCAACGCGCGAAAUUCCAGUUUUCUUUCGAUGGCCAUAAAAGGUCAGCAAGUGUACAGAUUAAACUAUCCGCUACGUAAGCGGCAAUGGCAUCACAUGUGCAGCUCAUGGAAUGGCAAGACGGGCGAGUGGCAGGUCUGGCUUAAGGCGGAGCGCAUUGGGCGUGGCUUUCACAAUUCGUUAGUGGGCCAUAAAAUACCAUCGAAUGGCAAAUUGCGUUCCGGCGGCGCCUCCGUAACCGGCGAUGUAAGUCAGGGCCUCCAUUUUGAGGUAACACUCAUUCAAGUCUAUCGCGUGGCUCUGAGCGCGGGCAAGGCGCAUCGCGAUCAUAAGCACCAUCAUGCCCAUCACUUCGAUCACGAGGGUCAGGAACUAUCGAGCACAACGCGUCCACCACCAGUGAUCAAUCGACCACAGCCAAUGAAUCAACUGUUGGCCAGUGGACAAAUACCAACACGCGUGCGCAUCAAUCUGGCCAAUCCACCUCAGGAUCCAUCGCAGGCUCAAUUGCAAUCGGGGCUGCCACAGGCGCUGCCAUCGCCACAGCAGCAACAACAACAACAGGCCAUCACUAUCAAUACUAACUUUGUAAACGGACAAAUGAGCACCGGAUCCCGUUUAAUAGCGCAACAGCUUAUCUCGCUUCCUGGUGCUAAUCGCUUGCCACAGCCGCGUCGCCCCAUUGGAGCAGCAACAAGCGGCGGCAUAGCUGGUCCUUCGGGCGAGUUCCACAUGCUGAGCAACUCGGCUAAUGUGCAGUUCAUUGACGAAACAGAGACCCAUAUUCAGUUCAAACGGGAGGCGGGUUCAAAGGCCGAUAAGCGGCAAGCGAAGGGUGAUGAUGACGAUGAGAAGAAGCUGCAGAAACGCGGUCUGGUUCUGCUCGAUGAUGGCUCUUUGGUUGACGAUGGCCUCAAUGCGGCGGAUGAGGAUUACAGCAAAUACAAUGGCCUGGCCGACUUUGGAGGGCAACAGUUUAAGCACGACCUAACGCAAAAAAUGAAUCUGGAGGAAGAGAUCAGCACGCACGAUCGUGAGCCCGCGGAAGAGGAGGUGAAGGCGGUAAUGGCGCUCUGCAGCAGUUGCGAUGCGGAGCCCUUCCAGGGAGCAAUCGUGUUCGCCUGGAAGGAUGUAAGCGACCGCAUGAACAAUGUGCUCAAGGGUUCCAGUGUGGGCACUUGCGGCAACUUUUAGUCGUGCUCCUGGCCAAUGGAAAACGCUUUAACGCAGUGAGAGGCGCACGGUGGACUGAUCAGUAUAGGAUGGAAUGCCGUUUGCUUGCACUGCGCACACGCUUUAUGUAAAUUUCGUGUUCGAGUUACAUUGUAUAAUAAUAAUUCGUAUUUUAUAUAUAUAACUAAUUUUUUUUUUUGCUGUCCA